CCAGUCCAACGACCACCUUUUCUCCUCCACUUCUCAUACAAUCUCGUUCAUUUUACUCUCUUAUGGCUUCCUCUCGCUCAAGUUCCCGUUAUCGCUCUCGUUCGAGGGGACCGUCCCCCAUUCGUACCAGGCAUUCGUACCUGGGCGAAUCCGAAGACACAGUUGACCCUGAUACAGCUGCUCAGGCGAACCAUGCCUUCAGCGCUGGACGAGUCGCUGUUAUCACCGGCGCCGGGUCACCCAACGGUAUCGGCUUCGCCGCUGCCAAAGAGCUGGCUAGUUAUGGCAUGAAGCUUGUUCUUGCCGACAUUAACAAGGAAGAGCUGGAGGAGGCCACUAAGCAGAUCGAAGAGAAGGUCGGGACGGGCAACGUCAUCGGGGUACCCACCGAUGUGAGCAAGAUUGAAGACUGCAAGGCGUUGUUUGACAAGGUGUACGAUGCCUUCGGCGAGGUUUCUGUUCUCAUGAAUAAUGCGGGUAUCGGUCCUUAUGGAGGUGCUUAUACCAACCUCGACAAUUGGCACAAAGUGCUUGACACGAACCUGUAUGGUGUUGUCAACAUGGUUCAGACUUUCACCGCCGUCAUGAUGGCACAGGAGAACCCUGCUGUCAUCAUCAACACUGGAUCUAAGCAAGGAAUAACGAACCCACCUGGCAACGCAGCUUAUAAUGUCUCCAAAGCUGGAGUGAAGGUUCUCACCGAGAACCUGGCGUGGGAAUUCCGCCAACAGAACGCGAAAGUCAGCGCGCAUCUCUUCGUCCCUGGCUGGGUGCACACUGGGUUGACCGGGGCUCGCGUCAAGGAGAAGCCCGAGGGUGCUUGGACGGCUACACAGACGGCCCAAUACAUGUUGGAACGGGUCAAGGAGGGAAAGUUCUACAUCAUCUGCCCCGACAAUGAGACAACGACCGAAAUGGACAAGCUACGCAUAAUGUGGGGUGCCGAGGAUGUUGCUUUGGGCCGUCCCGCUCUCAGUCGCUGGCAUCCAGAGUACAAAGCGCUUUUUGAAGAGUACAUGCGCGACAACCUGUCAGCCUCGGCGUCACUUGCGUCUUGAGAAGACCUCACAAUAUUUGCUCCCAUCUGUACCAGAUAAACUGUUGAAGUGUAUAGCAAAGUUAGAAGGAAAAUCAACGAAGAGGUUAGCGCUGG